AUGGUCGGUGCAGCAGAGGAAGAACGAAUGAACCGUCGGAGGGUGCUAGCCCGAGUGGCGCAGAAAAGAAGCAAGGUAACUCGGGCAUGCGACUCCUGUAAAGCACGAAAGAAAGCCUGCACCGGAGAUAUCCCAUGCCGGUUCUGUGUGCGGAUCGGUGCGAAUUGUACCUACAAUGUUCCAUAUCACCGGGGAUCCGCCGCACGCCCGCCACCGUCAAGUCGGCAAGCGGAAACGGCGAUGGGACCCCGCCCACCUGCAAGCCAACCUUUACCCACUGGGCCCAGUCCUGCGUUGACAAACUCAAGCCGGGGUGAUCCCAUCGAUUUGGGAGGUCAGUAUCGCGGCCCUGCCUCGGCCCAUUCUUUUCUGGAUCGAGCAGUGAGAGAGUUUGACCAUCAGCAACAUGGUCAGGCUCCAUUUCCGUCAACGCCUGAAGAUGCCCAUGCCUCCAUAUUCUCAUUCGGUGACCGCCAAGCUCCACAAAUCCCCCCUGCUCAGCUUCAAUGGCCCACCCGAGCUGUUGUGGACCAGCUUGUACGGCGGUACUUCGACUUUGCAUCUCCAACCUAUCGGAUAUUGCACCAGGGCACCGUGGAAAAUUGGGUCAAUCUGAUGUUUGAUCAAGAGAUAGCAAACCAAUCAGGACCAGCUACAGCGGAAGUCUCAUUGGCAUCAAGGGCAAUUAUUCUGAUACAAUGCGCAAUUGCAUCGCUAUCUGCAACGCCCUGUCAUACCAAUGUACAGCAGCAAACGGACCACUUGGACUGGCAAAAAUGCGAGGCAUAUUACCAACUAGCAGAACAGAUGCUGUCUAAAGAGACCGGAGUGCCUACCCUAGAAUCGGCACAAGCAAGAUUUCUAACAGUAUUAUAUCUUCUUGGCACCUCACGGAUGAAUCAAGCCUGGUUCAACUUUGGUCAAACUGUGCAGUUAUUGAUGACGAUUGGAGUACAUAGGAAGCAGACCCGCUCAGAUACUUCUAGAAGUGAGGUAGCUCUUCAAUGCUCCAAACGCUUGCUUUGGUGCUGCUUCACGCUGGAUCAAUAUCUCAGCCUCAUACUGGGCCGACCACGGCUUCUGAGGGAAGAAGACAUUGACCAGGACUAUCCGUCACUCAUAAACGACGAGAACAUCGACUCGACUCAAUCUAGCUCAUCCCGAGCCAGGAACUGUUUGAUGGACGCUCCAGUUUGUCAUGCGAAACUAUCACGUAUUUUGGCCAAGGCCUCUCAGGAGUUAUACUCGAUUCACCCCGGUGAAAAAGUCCGUGAGAUAGACAGCAUGGAAGUAUUCUUGAGCCAAAUAAAUGAGUGGCAAUCCGCGCUUCCACCGCUACUCGGCGACUCAGUCUGUCCCAGCAGUCUCAUCUCGAUAUUCCAAAGGCAGUUGACAGUCAUCAGACUCGCUCAUUAUCACGCUAUCAUGUUCGUGACGCGCCCUCUACUCCUUUGGGCUUUUUCUGAGGAGUCUGAAAACCCAGCUCUGAAAAGCAGUCUUUUAAAAUGUAUCACCACCGCACGAAAAACACUUGAAUUGGUCUUGGAACUUGUCCAAGAAAACCAAUUAUUACCAACAUUCUGGUAUACACAGUAUAUCGCUUUCAACGCUCUAUCAAUCGCUUACAUUUACCUCAUCAAUUCUAAGAAAGGACGCAUUCCUCCCGACUGGGUAACAGAAGGCGAUACCGAAGAAUUGGCGACUCAAACAGUGGCUCAAGCCUCUUUAUAUGAUUUGGCAGAAAAGACGCAGUACUACCUUGGUCAAGCCACCGAGUUAAAUUCGCUUGCCUGGCGCUAUACGUUUGUGCUAGAUGCUCUAAAAUCCGAAUGCCACAGGCGCAUUCUUGGGCUAACAAAUGUUGGUAAAAGCCAUCCACCAACCGCUCGGCCUAGCCAGGGCCCAGAGUCCAAUAUGCAAUCUCAAUCAAUCUCAUCGGCCGAAGGGUCACCUGGAAAUGGAAUUAUCACCGAACAAUCACCAAUUGACUGGCAAUGUUCUCAGCAACUUAUGGAAGAUACGGAUCUUCAAGCAUCAGCAGCGCUCUACGGCAUCGAGAAUCUGUUCCCUAUGAUGGGACCCACGGAGGAACCAAUUUUAGAUUUCUGGCCACAACUCGAUCGUCUUCCAACUUGUAAGAAAUUACCCUUUUCUCGUACUCUACCCACACACAUGCUGAUCAGUCUAGCACUCACGAAUUAUCAAAACCUUUAA